AACACUAUACAUCAACAACAAUGUCCAUAGAACCUAAGCAGGAGACUUCUAUCACUCCAAGCACACCCAUAACCAUAACACCUGAUGACGAUGUAGUAAAAGUUGAACCUGAAGUCAACUCUAGCUCCUCCAAGUUCACCCUGGAUGAUGUUCUCAUAGGCUGUAAAGUAUAUGUGAUGAAAGAUGGAGAACUUCGACUUGCCGAAAUCCUUCAACAACACAUGAAGAAAGGAAGGAAAGUGUUUUACGUGCACUACCUGGAGUUCAACAAGCGGUUGGAUGAAUGGAUUAGUCCUGAUCGGAUAGAUUUCACCCGGGCCAUGAUCAUGCCUGAGGUAAAGGUUGAUGUCAAGGAGACGAAAAAGGAUAAAAAGAAGGGAAAGUUGACUGAUAAGGUCAAGAUGAGUGCUAGUAUAAGUGUCGCUAGUGAACAACUGUCCACUCCAGGUACUCCCAUGGCUGAUGAUGAAAUGGAUUUAGAAAAUUUGAAUGUUCAAGGGUUGAGAAGACCAGGAGAGGAGAUCACUAGAGAGGACGAAAUCAAGAAGUUACGUACCGGUGGUAGUAUGACACAGAAUCAUUCUGAAGUUGCCCGUGUGAGAAACUUGUCCACAAUUAUCUUAGGUGAGCAUAUUAUCGAGCCCUGGUAUUUCUCACCUUAUCCGAUUGAAUUAACUGAAGAAGACGAGAUAUAUAUUUGUGAUUUCACAUUGAGUUAUUUUGGAAGCAGGAAACAGUUUGAGAGAUUUAGACAGAAGUGUUCCAUGAAACAUCCACCUGGAAAUGAAAUAUAUCGAGAUUCAAAAGUAAGUUUUUGGGAAAUUGAUGGCAGGAAACAACGUACUUGGUGUAGAAACCUAUGUCUACUUUCGAAAUUGUUUCUUGACCAUAAGACUUUGUAUUAUGAUGUUGAUCCGUUUUUGUUUUAUAUUAUGACCAUUAAGUCAGACCAGGGGCAUCAUGUGGUGGGAUACUUUUCGAAGGAAAAAGAAAGUGCCGAUGGGUAUAAUGUCGCUUGUAUUUUAACAUUACCGUGCUAUCAAAAGAAAGGGUAUGGGAAAUUGCUUAUACAGUUUUCAUAUAUGUUAUCAAACGUAGAACAUAAGGUUGGAUCACCGGAAAAGCCCUUGUCAGACUUGGGAUUAUUAUCAUACCGUGCCUAUUGGACAGAUACUUUGAUUAAAUUAUUAGUGGAAAGAAACAGUCCCAGUUUGUAUCGAAAGAACAAUCCACAUCCUGUAGAGGACAGCGAUUCAGAAUCUUCAAGACAUUCAACCCCAGCUGCAGGACGACAAGGAAGUUCCAGUGAGAUCACCAUAGAAGACAUUUCUGCAAUUACAUGCAUGACCACAACCGAUAUCUUACAUACGUUGACGACAUUGCAAAUAUUACGAUAUUACAAGGGACAGCAUAUUAUUGUUAUAACCGAUCAAAUUAUGGCCAUGUAUGAUAGCUUGGUCAAGAAAGUCAAAGACAAGAAGAAACACGAGUUGAAUCCUGCAUUACUUAAAUGGACCCCACCAAUGUUCACAGCAAGUCAAUUGAGAUUUGGGUGGUAGCUAACGACUAUGUAUUAUAUAAACCUAAUGAUAUUAUUCGCAAUGCCAUACUCUAAUCAGUUUGUUUCCGUGACACGUUAUCAAUCUUAAUCCUGAUUGAUCAAAUGCAGAGGCAUAGACUGUAGAUGGAUUAGGAAAGUAUCCGAUAUGUUCUAACUUGCCCGUAAUGUAAUUGUAGAAUCCAGUUUUACCAUCAUCAUAACCAGCAAAUACAGUGUUUGUUACUGGAUUUACUGAGAGUGUGUUUAUUAUCUUGCUUUCAUUUUCGGUUGGGUCAAACUGGUUUAAAAGCUCACCCUUGGGUAAGAGCCAUUGGUUUAUAAUUCCGUUUGAAUCUCCUGAAAUGAAGGUCAUUUCUUCAGGAUGUAGUUUCAUCAGUCGUAUAGAUUUAGUAUGAUGUGUUAACGUCACCUGGGUACUUUGUUUACGUAAGUCCCAUAAUCGGACAGUUCCAUCCAUUGAACUAGUUAUGAUUUGAGGGUCAAACGGAAGGGUUUCAAUGGAAGUGACAUCACUGCGAUGUCCUACUAACGUCAUUGCUUCUGUUCGGGUACGUAUGUCCCAUACUCUAACAACUUGAUCUUUCCCACCACUUAUAAGUAAAUCUAGCUCUGGAUGGAGACUUGUAGCGUAUAUUCCACCGACAUGACCAUGGUAUUGUCGAAUGAGACAACCUUCUUUUGCAUUAGUUCGUUCCAAAUCCCAACAUCGUAACGUCUUAUCUUCAGAUCCCAGGAAUAAAUACGGGAAUCGCAGGGAUAUGGAAAAAGUUCGUACAGCCAUGAUGUGCCCUGUUAGUGUCGCUAAUAAUGUAUGGGGGUUUGCCACGGUUCUGAUCUUGAUCGUCGUGUCUGAUGAUCCAGUUACAAAGAACUUAUUCAGAUGAUCGAUGGCUAUACUUCGGAUCCAACCAUUGUGCGCAUUGGCUAGUGUUCUUAGUGGUUUCCAUUGCACGGAUGUUGGUUGUGGUGAUGAGAUGGGUUCAGCAGAUUGACUAGUUAUCGUGUUGUUUUGCGCGGGUUCAGGAGGUAUAUUGUCAGUAUUUGCCAAGAGAUAAUCCAACUUGACGUUGUUAUACAUCGCCUCUGCCAAUUCAUCUGACGGUAUAAGCUCUGAAGUCAUCGUUAUUGUUGUUGUUGUUGCUGUCUAUUUUAAUCUU